UGCAAACUGCACUGGGUGACACCCCCAAGAGUAGUGACACCACCAGGCAGAUCUGGAAAAAAGGUAGAGAAGGGUAUUCUCAUGAUCAAAAGCAAUACCCUAUUCACAGCAUAGGAGAUAUCUAGCUGAUCGUUGAGGGUCCAACCACUGGGGCCUUCACCUUUCCUGGGAACAAAGGUCAAAUGUCCUCCAAAUGGAUUUCUUAGCAGCGAAUGGAAUCCCCAUGGACAGUGAAUGGCGCUCUGGUAUUUUGCGCUACGGUGGUAUGAUGAGACCUCCCCUUUUUUAGAGGCUGAGCAAAUGGAAUCCAUGUGGAAGUGAGCAGAAGAUUACUCAACAACUUAUACUGAGGAUCAGAAUUUGCUGACAUAGUCAUGAGCCAUUUGGUUGUCACGUUCUGCAGAAAGAAGAUUUUGCUGGAUGAAGUCCUGGUGCCGGACUAUAUUCCUUGUUAUGCCAUUACGACUUCACCUGAAGACACGGCUUCAGUGCACAGCCCGGAGCUUCCAGCUUGAGAUGUACUGUGAGGAACACUACCAUUCUAUGUGGAUCUAUGGGAUUGAUGACACAAAAAUAUAUAACAGGGUUGAUGUUCCUGGAUGUAUAAGCCAAAUGGAAAAGGAUUUAGGCAAACUAGAAGAAUGGUCAGAACUCUGGCAACUGAAAUUUAUGCACCUGGGGCUUAAAAACCCAGAGGAAAGGGAUUUAGGAGUAAUUAUUUCAGAAGACUUAAAGGAAACAGCAGCAACCAUGGUGGACACAGAGAUGCCAUUUUGGGGGAUGAAUUUUGGCAUGAACACAGUGGACCUGUCUGCCAUUGAGAGCCAUUCCCAUGACUUCGACAUUAAGCCUUUUGCGACAGUGGACUUUGCAAGUAUUUCUUCUGGCCAUUAUGAAGACAUUCUAGAAGAUAAGAACUUCCUGUACCGAAAUGACCAAAUGGACGCUGAUUAUAAGUAUGAUCUGAAACUACAAGACUGCCAAAACACAAUAAAAUUGGAGCCACCUUCUCCGCCUUACUAUUCUGACAAAUCACAUUCCUUUAAUAAAUCUCAGGACGAAGCCUCCAACUCCCUCAUUGCCAUAGAAUGCCGCGUGUGUGGUGACAAAGCCUCAGGAUUCCACUAUGGAGUCCAUGCGUGUGAAGGCUGUAAGGGGUUUUUUAGAAGAACAAUAAGAUUGAAGUUAAUUUAUGAACGAUGUGAACUCAACUGUCGCAUUCACAAGAAAAGUCGGAACAAAUGUCAGUACUGCCGAUUCCAGAAGUGUCUGUCGGUCGGGAUGUCUCAUAAUGCUAUCAGGUUUGGCCGGAUGCCCCAGGCUGAGAAGGAGAAGCUUUUGGCUGAGAUUUCCAGUGACAUUGACCAGCUGAAUCCAGAAUGCGCGGAUCAACGAGUCCUGGCCAAGCACUUGUAUGAUUCAUAUCUCAAGUCCUUCCCUUUAACAAAAGCUAAGGCCAGAGCCAUAUUGACGGGAAGGACAACAGACAAAUCACCUGUGGUGAUCUACGAUAUGAACUCACUGAUGAUGGGAGAGGAUCAGAUCAAGUCCAAUUACUUGUCAUCUCCUUAUAUAGAACAAAAUAAGGAAGUCGCAAUUCGCAUUUUCCAAAGAUGUCAAUCUCGGUCAGUAGAAGCUGUACGGGAGAUCACUGAAUUUGCCAAAAGCAUUCCAGGAUUUGUCAAUCUUGACCUUAAUGACCAAGUAACUCUCUUGAAGUAUGGGGUCCAUGAGAUCAUAUUUACAAUGCUGGCUUCUCUCAUGAAUAAAGAUGGUGUUCUCAUUGCCGAGGGACAAGGAUUCAUGACCCGAGAGUUUCUCAAGAGCUUGAGGAAGCCGUUUGGUGAAUUUAUGGAGCCCAAGUUUGAAUUUGCCAUACGAUUUAAUGCACUAGAAUUGGAUGACAGUGACCUCUCCAUCUUCAUAGCUGUUAUUAUACUUAGUGGAGAUCGGCCCGGAUUAUUAAAUGUAAAGCCCAUAGAAGAUAUUCAGGACACUUUGCUACAGGCCCUCGAACUGCAACUCAAGUUGAACCACCCGGACUCCACUCAGCUCUUUGCUAAACUUCUCCAAAAGAUGACAGACCUUAGACAAGUUGUGACAGAGCAUGUCCAGUAUUUGCAACUUCUAAGAAAAACGGAGACGGAAAUGAGCCUCCAUCCACUCCUGCAAGAGAUCUACAAGGACUUAUAUUAAAAUUCCAUCCACUGUUAAAAUAGAUAUACAAGGACUCAUCUUUCUUCAAAUAUCUACAAGGACUUGUACUGAGUCUCCACACAAGUCUGCGAGCAGUUGACAAGGAUAGGUACGGUAGAUGUACCUUCAUUACUACCUUAUAUUCAUCCACAACUAAAAUAGACUUGUGUGGAAUCCCCACCAGAUCUCUAAGAGAUUUACAAGGACUCCUCAAUGCCAAUCACACCUGCCACUGAUCCACACGAACUCUUCCAACUACAAGUAUUCUGUGAACAACGGCCCGUACCGAACCUCCACCACUCCUGCAAGAGAUCUAUAGGGACCUGUACUGAACUAACCUUUUCCAAUUAUGUAUUUUUACAAUUUGCACUAUUUUAUGAGGGAAACAGUAACAGCAGAUACAUUACUGUGAUAAAGCCUUAAAAGACGCAAAGCUUUCAUAUAACUGGUCUAUUUUAUGCAACUGGUUUAUAAAGCACAUGUACAAUUACUUUUAAUAUUAAAAUAUUUUACGAAAA